AGCUGAAGGCUGGGGAGCUGGGCAGCUGAAAUUCCUAGCGCUUAACGUGCGCCCCCACCUUCUCUCAGCUUUAUCUUCACCACCAGCACCAUCUCUUCCACCAAUUCCUAAUCCUGUACCACACGCAUAAUGGAUCACGUAGAGACACCCCCAGACUCUCCAUUUCCUCCUUUGCUGAUUCCAUGUCUCAGCCCGGAACCCUAUGACGACCCCGACUUCCUAACGUAUCCAGAGCGUGCAGGCUGGGACAUCGACCGGGUACUAGCAGGAGACUUCUCCCAGCACGAGGAUGCCGCAUCCUUCCUCCAGAACUGGCUCUUCUUCGGAGUUCUGUGGGAAGUAUUCGGUCCGAUUGGCAGGGGUGCAAAGCACCACUACAUCCAGCCGCAAGAGGGCUACCCGAAUGGCACCAUUACCCUCGCCUCGCUCGAUGAACAGACCCUCCAGCUCAUAUCCUUCAUCAACGCCACUUUACAAAGUGACAAGGAAACUGCGCAUGCCGUUGGACAUCGCGUCGAAAAGUGUCUCAGGACUGUAUCCCGGUUCUGUCGUUUUACGACUUGUGAAGGGGACCCUCGCCCGGGAUUCAGAGUGUGGCCUCUAUCGCCUGAGAUUGACCUCUCUAUCAGAGCAUUGAGCCAGCGGUUAUCCUUGAGCUUUGCAUCAGGCGCGAUGAAUCUCGUCUUUGGUUCUUCGACUGCAGGCUUGGAGUUCCCUUGCGCUUGGCUUCCGCUCAGGCGCAUGCAGGAGGCUGGGUGGUGUACGAGCGAAGUCGCCAUGGUUGGAGAGACGUUCACCUCUACGUCGGCGCAUUAUGCAUCUGAAUUGAAGCCCCCGCCUUCUUCAGUGGAGAAGGAUCAUUCCGAGUGUACGAGGAGCUUGUGUAUGGCGCGGCAACUUAACGAGGAAACGUACCGUACAGCACAUUGUCCUACACCUCAUACAACUGCAGAAUGUGACUGUCAGCACUAUGGCCCGCAAAUUGAAGACGUGGUAGCCAUACUUGAAGAUGGGUAUAUCCCGUUGCUAUCCAUCACGCCGAUCAAGAAGGAACCGUAUAUCAAAGUUGAGGUGGAGCGAUACACCGAAAAUAAGCGAUACAUUGCCUUUUCGCACGUGUGGUCUGAUGGACUGGGGAAUCCCUCAGCGAAUACUCUGCCCCAAUGCCAGCUGCAGCGUAUCCAUGGCCUGUUAGACGAUCUGGUAUCUGGGAUGCGCUCUAUUGAUCUCGUCAAUAGGUUAGCCUUCAAAGAGCUCUGGAAGAAGAAGUUCCAUGGGCCAUCGCUUUUAUUCUGGAUGGACACCAUGUGCAUCCCCGUGGCAGAAGAAUACCGCGAACUGCGCUCAAAGGCCAUCAAGUCGAUGAAGGCUGUCUAUGAGCGGGCAUUCCGCGUUCUGGUUCUUGAUGCUGACAUUCAGUCAUUCCCUUCCAGUGACUAUACCCAGUCAUUCAUGCGUAUCCGACUAUCCGCGUGGAUGCGACGUCUCUGGACCCUCAACGAAGGAGUCCUCGCAAACAAACUGUGCAUUAAAUUCUCAGACGGAUUCCUAGAGGUCCAAGAACGGGCAGAGAAAGAGCAGAAGGAGAAUUAUGGGUCUGAAAUGGCCGGUAUCAGUGGGUCAUUUGGAACUCCCAGGCGCGAUGCAGAUAAUUUCCAUUGGAAAUUCCGCCUCCUUCGAAUCAAUGUCAUCUCAGAGCCUGAUCCGCGCCUGGUAAAACGCACGGAAACUAGUAUCACGAGUCCUGAAGCACAACGGUGCUUCGCGAUCAUGGAAGCCUUCAGUGCUGCCUUGUACCGCUCAACAAGUAAAGAGCGGGAUGAAAUGCUCUGCUUUGCAAGUUUGAUCGGGUGGGACACGUCUUUGAUAAAGGGGCUUCCAUUCGAAGACCAUUUGCAAGCAUUGCUAUCAACUGAGUCCCAACUCCCACAGGGUAUGUUGUUUCUCGCUGGACCGAGGAUGAGGCAGCGCGGUUGGCGAUGGGCCAUCAAUCGAUUUGGGAAUUGCGGUGCAAAUAGACUGAAAGUUAAAUCUGACGAUAUGACCCCUGGUCUUGUCACCGAAGAUGGAUUUGUCGUUGAUUACAAUGCUUUGGUUUUGCCGGCGCAUUAUACAAGGGAGCAGCUUGAACGCGCAACCGUAUCUGCCGAGCUGGGGAAUGGGAUGGUGGCCACAUUCGAGAUCAUACGACAUGAUGAGGGCAUAAGUAAUGUCACAACAGAGUCUGAGUUUGAAUCCGAGAGCUCUGAUUAUGACCAGCUGUACGUGUUGUUCUGGGAUGCCAUCGGGACCCUGGCCCCCUGGACUCCGAUGCCGGCUGCAAUCGUUUCAGGGCCUUCUAAUGAGGACCUUGAGAAGGAAAAUGUGGUGUACCGGUUUGAGUACCUUGCGUAUCUGGAGGUGCUGGAGAAGAGAAUAGAGGAAUUGGAAAAGGACGAUGAAUCGGCUCAAUGGGUGAGGAAGAAGUGGACUAUUGGGUAGCUGUGAUUAAAUAUUGUUAUCAGCACAUCCCAAAUAUAUAUGACAUAACAAUACUUAAGUGAAAGGUCCAUUAAACAGUUA